AUGAACACUAAGACAUUAGGAAAUAGGCCGGUACCAACCAUCAACACUGAAUCGUCGACAUCCGGAGAGCAAUACCACCAAUCAACUCUGAACAUUGGGCAUUUGAAGAUAGGGCAAUACCACCCAUCAGCAUUGGAAAGGGAACAUUUGGAGACUGACGACACAAUACGCCCAUUCACCCACCCUUAUGUUGCUAAAUUGGAAGCCUUAGAAUUCACAAAUCUGGUGACAGACAAUCCCUUUGUGUAUCACGUGAUCACUCCGCCUUGUCGACAGAUCACUAUAGGGAUGUACGGGCAUCUAAACAUCAUCAUAAAGGAGUAUAUCAUAGACUCUUAUGGGGACGAAGCCUGGGACAGAGUCGUACAAGCUGCUAGUUGUGAGUCUUCAUUUGAAGACAAGACAAAGUAUGGAGACUACAACACAAAGGCCAUGAUUGAUGCCGCUUGCAAAGUGUCAGGUUUGAACCGAGAGCCGUUUCUGGUCAUGCUCGGUGAGCAAUACUUCCGGUAUCUACAAAGGAACGGCCAUGACGAGUUUCUGCGCAAUCUCGGCGGCAACAUGCUGGACUUCCUGCAGAACCUCGACUCCGUGCAUACUUACAUGAUGGGGACGUAUCCGGAGAUGAACGCGCCAUCGUUCCGCUGUGACGCGGACUCCUCAACAGACAGAAUGGUGUUACACUACUACUCCUUCAGGAAUGGUUACCAUCCUCUCGUCACAGGAAUAAUUAAACAAGUAGCCAGGGUUUACUUCAAAGUUGAUCUGCGCGUGGAUGUCGUGUCGAUUACUCAAGAAAAUGUCUGCGAUAAAAAUGGCGAUCGUGAGCACGUGAUCUACAACAUCCUGGCAACGAAGAUGGCAGAGAAUGUCAAGGAAGCUCCGCCCACAUUUAUCGCCCAGACAAAGAAGCAUGGGGAGAGGCAAAUUUCAAAAUCGGAUGUGGAGGCAGUCGCCGCCCGAUUGGAGCAGAUCCGACGAGAGCACGGUGAGGACGCCCUGCCAUUAGCUAAAGCCAGGAAGGCCGGCGCUGCUAAGGCCAAGUUCCGUGCCCUGGCUAAACUGAGUAUGCUUCACGGCGGUUUUGUGCCAAACUACCCUCAAGAAAUGGUACUGACCCCCAAGAUUUUCUGCGAUAUCUUCCCCUGGCACGUCAUAUUCACCUCGGAGAUCCGCUGCUUUCAGGUCGGUAUCCAGAUCCAGAGGCUGAUGCCGAAUAUCCGAACGGCCGGAUCCGACCUCCUGACCUAUUUCGACAUCAUGCAUCCCCAUUCCGUGGACCUCACAUACGAGAACAUCCUAAACUUCAUCAACACCCCGUUUGUGCUCAAGUUUAAGGAGGCCAAGAUGUCCCAAAGACCACCAGGUGCACCAAUUCUUCUGCUGAGAGGUCAGAUGAUCCAUCUCAAAGACCGGAAGAUGAUCUUGUACUUGGCAUCACCCUACGUACGCACGCUGAAGGACUUGGAGGACCGGAAGAUGUACUUCGCGGAAAUCCCUGUUCAUGAUGUCACGCGUGACCUCAUACUGCUCGACAUGGAAUACAGAAUACGAGGCGGUAUGGGCGGUCAUGGUGGUCUAGGGAACACAGGGGACGGUGGCGGGGGCGGAUUUUACGGGUUCGGCGCUGGUCUGGGAGGUGGCGGAGACGGGGGUGGGGACAGUGAGUCACUCAUGAGCGAAUUGAACAGAACCAAGAUGGCGCUGGAGAAAGAACGGUUCAAAGGGGAUCAACUCAUGCAUUACUACCUGCCGCGGCAAAUGGUGGACGACUACCGCAGCGGAAGAGUAGUGGAUCCCACCGAGUACAAAGAGAUUUCCGCUCUUUUCUGUGACAUCGUGAACUUCAUUGGUUACGCUGCUAGGUGUCGCCCCUUUGACGUCAUUAACAUGCUGAACCAGUUACAGAACAAAUUUGACAAGGUCACCAAAGUUCACGACACAUUCAGGGUAGAGAGUAUAGGUGACGCGUACCUUGUCAUAUCGGGUGUGCCGGACCGAAUCACCACCCAUCCUGAAAGAAUCGCUAACACUGCCCUGGGGAUGCUGUAUGUCGCCGAGUCGGUGAGGUCGCCACUCUCUUCCUCACAGUCAGUCAAGGUUCGAAUCGGAGUCCAUUCUGGUUCGAUCAAGGCUGGUAUUAUUGGAGACAAAAUCCCGCGUUUUAUUGUGAUGGGCGAGACUGCCGUGAUCGCGUCACGAAUGGAGAGUCACGGGAUAGCUGGCAAGGUUCACAUCAGUCCUGCCACCAACAAACUGCUGAAGGGUAAGGGCUUCACAAUAAAGGAUCGCGGAGAAAUCCAGCUGAGAGGCCGUGGUAACAUUGACACCUACUUGAUCAUACAGAACGACCAUGCCACUGAGGAAGAUCUUACUAGUGGUAACGGCAUGAGCACAGACCCAGGCCUGGCCAAUCAGAAGGUCUUCAUGUACAGCGACACACCGGGAAACACCAGCUCCAAGAUGCAUUAA